AUGGCGCUGCCUCGCUCCCCUGCAACCUCGGCCAAGCGCGGCUCCUCUUCCCGCGCGCCUCCGAACCCUAGCCCCGCCCCUCUGGCCGCGGACGGCGCAUCGAAAUUGCUCCUCCGCGCGGCGCACGACGGCGACCUCCGCCUCCUCAAGGGUAUGCACGCAGGCCUCCAUUUGGAUUCCGGUCGGGUUAGGGGCCGUCCCAGGGAGGUGGUGGAGGCGGCGGAAAAGGAGGCAGGCUUCAGGGCGCUGUUCAUGGCCGCCCGGUACGGGAGGCUGCCCGUCUGUAGGUACCUGGUCGAGGAGCUAGGGGUGGAUGUCGCACUGUCCACGCCGAAGUAUAACAAGAUGAUACCUGGUAUUGGCACCCCCCUUUUUGUUGCUAUAAAUGCUUCCUCAGUGAAAUGUGUCCAGCUCCUGGUUGAGGCUGGUGCGGAUGUCAAUGAUGGUAUUGUAACCCCUUUAGGUGCUGCUGUGUUGAAUGGCGAAACUGCAUGCAUUAAAUGCUUAUUGGAAGCUGGUGCUGACCCUAAUGUUCCUGUUUCCCAGCCCGCUAGGCUGCCAAUAGAAAUCGCUGCACUGAAUGGUACAAGGGAAGAUGUUGAGAUCUUAUUUCCUGUAACUUCUUGUAUUCCAACUGUGAAUGAUUGGAGCAUCGACGGAAUAAUACAACAUGUAAAGUCAGAGUUCAUAGAGGAGGUUGACCUUAAUGUAAGUAAAAUAAGAGAGUUGAGGUCACUUGCGGCUAACUCUAUGAAGAAAAACGAUUAUUAUACAGCGGCAAUGCUGUACAGUUUGGCAAUGGGGUGUGACCCUCAUGAUGCUACCUUGCUCUCAAAUAGGAGUCUUUGCUGCCUCCGCAUGGGCGAUGGACACGCGGCUUUGCAGGAUGCUCUUGCGUGCAGAGAAAUGCGGCCUAACUGGCCAAAGGGCUGUUACCGUCAAGGCGCAGCGCUCAUGUUAUUGAAGGACUACGGAAGCGCAUGCGACGCUUUUCUGGAUGCGGUUAAAUUAGACCCACCGAAUCCCGAUAUCGAGGCCGCAUUGCGGGAGGCUUUGAGUUCCUUGAAGAUAUCUCAUUACAUGACGAAGUCCUUCUACUAG